AUGACAAGUACUAAGAAAUCUCGUGACGAUACACCAGCAUCGUCUUCAUCGACAACAUCACCAAAGCUUAGUACAAUAGAAAGGAAUUGUAAAACAAUUCCUGCACCACCAUCACGUGUUCUAGAUAUUGGAGAUUUGUUUUCUAAUGCAUCUGAUCCGAAGGAUAAACCUAAUUUAGAAAAACUUAAACAACAUAUUAUACUUGAAGGUCGUCUUACUGAAAAGGUUGCACUCCGGAUAAUUGAAACCGGUGCUGUUCUACUACGUGAAGAACCAACAUUGUUAUAUAUUGAUGCACCAUUGACUAUCUGUGGUGAUAUUCACGGACAAUUAUAUGAUUUAGUGAAAUUGUUCGAAGUAGGUGGCCCUCCAGCUACAACUCGUUAUUUAUUUCUUGGUGAUUAUGUUGAUCGAGGCUAUUUUGGAAUAGAAUGUGUACUCUAUUUAUGGUCAUUGAAAAUUCAUUAUCCUAAAACAUUCUUUUUACUGCGAGGAAAUCAUGAAUGUCGACAUUUGACUGAUUAUUUUACUUUUCGACAAGAAUGUCUUAUAAAAUAUACAGAAAAAAUUUAUGACGCUUGUAUGAUAGCAUUUGAUUGUCUUCCAUUGGCUGCUGUUAUGAAUAACCAAUUUUUAUGUGUACAUGGUGGUCUUUCACCGGAAAUUCAUACAUUAGAUGAUAUUAAAAAGGUGGAUCGAUUUCAUGAGCCACCAGCCCAUGGUGUUAUGUGUGAUUUACUAUGGUCUGAUCCAGCUGAAGAUUAUGGAAAUGAGAGUGGAUCACUAACAUUAGUUGCAACACGUCGUCUAAGUGCUCCAGCACCGUCGCCAACAGCAACAAAUGUUUCAUCAACAUCAUUAUAUCUACCGAAUGCAACACGUGGCUGUUCUUAUUUUUAUACAUAUGCUGCUGUUAAUGAAUUUUUAAUACGUAAUCAGAUACUGUCAGUAAUUCGUGCUCAUGAAGCACAAGAUAUUGGUUAUCGUAUGUAUAAAAAAUCGCCUGAUACUGGUUUUCCAUCAUUAAUAACAAUAUUCUCAGCACCAAAUUACUGUGAUGUGUAUCAAAAUAAAGCAGCUAUUAUGAAAUAUGAAAAUAAUAUUGUUAAUAUUCGACAAUUUAAUUGUUCACCACAUCCAUAUUGGUUACCAAAUUUUAUGAAUAUAUUUACAUGGUCAUUACCAUUUGUUGGUGAAAAAAUAAAUGAUCUUCUAUUUAAAAUUCUUAGUAUAUGUACAGAUGAAGAAUUAGCUGUAUAUGAUGAACAUAUUGAUUCAUUAAUUGAACGUAAUCAAAUUGAACAACGUAAAGAACAAAUACGUUCAAAAAUACGUGCUGUUGGUAAAGUUGCUAAAACUUAUCAAACAUUACGUGAAUUAAGUGAAAAUGUUGUUACAUUACGUGGUUUAACACCAUCAACUAGUCUUACAGAACUAGAUAAAGACAUAACAAAUGAAGCUGAAGCUGCAGCUUCAAUACUUCGUGAAAAUCCAAAAUCAACAAAAGAACGUUUUUCAAAAGUGAAAAUACUUGAUCAAGUUAAUGAACGUAUGCCACAAUCAAAAACUUCAAAUCCAUUAGGUGGUCCAAGUGUUGCUGAACGUAUUAAACGAGCAUCAAACGCUAAAAAAACAUCAGAAACGGUUAAAAAGGAAAUGCCAUCAAAAGCAUUUACAGAUGUAACAACACAAGGAAUUGUUAAAAUGAGGCGUGAAAGUUAUGCUGGUGUACCAAGUUCAGCACGUCGACGUUCACCAACACCAGUUUUAGAUUUACCAACACUUGUUAAUGGGCAACCAACAACAUCAUCUAAUAAAUAG